GCUCUGUUAUGUGCCAUGGUCUAACCCAGCCAGUGUUGACAAUAGGGUGAACAAGAAACAGCCCCGAUUCAUAAACGAGCUAAAGGAUAAAACACCACAAAUCCAGGGGUUUGGGGAAGACAAGCAAUUGAAUCAGUAACAGGAAUGUAAUUGCGUAAUCGUUUUUUAUACAGCCGUGUUUUGUUAUUAAUGGGAGUUUGAGGAUUAUUCCGUUGGAAGGAAAAAGGGUACUCGUGGGUUUGGCUGUUUUCAGGCCAGAUUUUCCUGCUGUUUUGCCCGCUGCUGCUGCUUGGGGGGAAAGGCUGUUUUUGCACCGUGCUGGAGGUAGCCUGUUAGCCCCGAUAUAUUUCAAAACAUAGGAUAAACUCCUCCACCGCCGUCUCCGUUGCAAACCCCACAAGAGGAUCAAGGUAAAGUACUACGAUUGGAGAGCUAACAGCCAGUCGGUCGGCUGCAGCUUGUCGGGACUCGGGACGGUGUGUGUUUCCCCGGUCUGUCACUUAGCAUUAGCACUGCUCCCCCUCCCCCUGUAUUUACAUCUGGGAUGAUGGGUGAUCGCCCAAGUCCGCCCAGCAGGGCUAUGUCCUCGGCAGCCACCACAUCUCCUCCAUCUGCCGACAAAGUGGACGGAUUUUCACGGAAGUCUGUCAGGAAGGCCAAGCAGAAGCGGUCGCAGAGCUCGUCCCAGUUCCGCUCUCAGGGCAAACCCAUAGAGCUCACGCCCUUGCCACUGCUCAAGGACGUGCCAGCGCCGGAGCAGCCCGAGCUGUUCCUGAAGAAGCUGCAGCAGUGCUGUACUGUCUUUGACUUCAUGGACACGCUGUCGGACCUCAAGAUGAAGGAGUACAAGCGCUCCACGCUCAACGAGCUGGUGGACUACGUGACCGUCAGCAGGGGCUACCUGACGGAGCAGGCCUACCCCGAUGUCGUCAAAAUGGUGUCUCACAACAUAUUCCGGACCCUUCCGCCCAGUGACAGUAAUGAGUUUGACCCCGAGGAAGACGAGCCCACACUCGAGGCCUCCUGGCCACACUUACAGUUGGUAUACGAGUUCUUCAUCCGGUUCUUGGAGAGUCAGGAAUUCCAGCCCAGCAUUGCCAAAAAGUACAUAGACCAGAAGUUUGUCCUACAGCUCUUGGAGUUGUUUGACAGCGAGGAUCCUCGGGAGAGAGACUACCUGAAGACAGUCUUGCAUAGAAUCUACGGCAAAUUCCUGGGUCUGAGGGCUUUUAUACGAAAACAGAUCAAUAAUAUUUUUCUACGUUUUGUUUAUGAGACGGAGCACUUCAACGGGGUGGCUGAGUUGCUGGAGAUCCUGGGGAGUAUAAUCAAUGGUUUCGCUCUGCCACUGAAAGCGGAGCAUAAACAGUUUCUGGUCAAAGUGUUGAUCCCCCUCCACACCGUCAGGAGUCUGUCCCUUUUCCACGCACAGUUGGCGUAUUGCAUUGUACAGUUCCUAGAGAAAGACCCAACAUUAACAGAACCAGUCAUCAGAGGCUUACUGAAGUUCUGGCCAAAAACCUGCAGUCAAAAAGAGGUGAUGUUUCUAGGAGAGCUGGAGGAGAUCCUGGACGUCAUCGAGCCCACACAGUUUGUGAAGAUCCAGGAGCCGCUCUUCAAACAGAUCUCCAGAUGUGUGUCCAGCCCACACUUCCAGGUUGCGGAGCGAGCUCUGUACUACUGGAACAACGAGUACAUCAUGAGUCUGAUCGAAGAGAACUCCAGCGUCAUCCUGCCCAUCAUGUUCGCCAGCCUCUACAGGAUCUCCAAAGAGCACUGGAACCCGGCCAUCGUGGCGCUGGUGUACAACGUACUGAAGGCCUUCAUGGAGAUGAACAGUACCUUAUUCGAUGAACUCACAGCCACUUACAAGUCGGACCGCCAGCGUGAGAAGAAGAAGGAGAAGGAGCGGGAGGAUCUGUGGAAGAAGCUGGAGGACUUGGAGCUGAAGAGGGGCCUUAGGAGCGAUGGGAUCAUCCCAACUUAACGAAGAUAGCGCUGCGCUCCCCCCCCUCCCCUCCAUCCUUACCCCGACUCCCACCCCCCCAAACCUCUCCACAUCAGCCAUGUCUGCCCAGAGCUCCGAGAAAUCCCCGAUACAGGUCUCUGGAUCGUCACGGAGAGCCCUCUGGUUUCUUAAUUGUUUUUUUGGUAUGUUUUUUUUUUCUCCUGUGUUUGUGCGACUUACUUUACAGUAGAUUCAUCACGUCUGUUUUCAUUAUUUCAACAGCACUGUAAAUACUUUUUUUCCCCUUAAACUGAUAUUAUUGCAAACAGAAAAACAAAACAAUAAUAAUAAAAAAGGAAGAAAAAAAUAGUAAAUGAGAAAAUGACUUGUGUGGGCGGGUGGAUUAAACAACAUCAAACGUGUGGACUGUAGGACGCGAGAAGAACUCUUGGAAAACAUAAAACGACAAAAAAAGAAGAUUUUAACUCUUCUUCCCGCCCUGCUUCCAUACAGUCCCGUGUUUCAUUCUUAUUUUCAUGGUUCUCCUCUUUGCUUUUCCUCUCGUAGCCUCCGACUUUCUGUUACCUACCCUCCUCCUCCUCUCUAAUGGGGCAUCUGUCAUUUCUGCCCCUGUGUGGGACGUCCGGACUGAUAAUGGGUUCCCCCUCCUCAUUAAGGUUCCUCUCUGGCCCCGCCCUCCUGUCUUCAGGUUCUCCUUCCUGUUUUGAACGGUGAAAAACAACUGAAUAAAUCACAUUUUAAAAAAACAGUAACCGGGACCUUCAGUACACACAGAUCUUUGGGUGCGUUUACAUGCGUGUUCAUGGAAGAGUUCCUUGUUUGGGUAUUUCAUCUUAAUAUUGUUUUUUCCAUUCUGUAAUAUAGUAUCUACCUUUUUCAGUAGAUAUUUAAUUACUUCAAGAAAAAAUGCCGAAAAAGUGGAUAUUUUCGGAAGUUGGUUUUAAAAAACAUUGCCUUAUUUACAUUUGACUGCUACAGGUACACAAAUCAUGCAAUUUGGACCACAACAUCACCUUUGGUUUUCUUGCAUUUCCUGUGGCUCCUUCACAAUAAAAUCACUGCAAUCAAUCACUUUAAUGUGAACUAGCAGCAAGAUAAGUUCUGAUGCAAGGCGAUCAAAAGAUGGGGGAAGGCAAGCUAUGUUUAUUAAUAUAGCACUGGUAUACAAAAAGUGACUGCACUGUAACCAAACUGUAUUUGAAAGCUAUCAAUAAGACAAAAAGGUAGGAGUUGAGGUUUGUGCACUCUUGCCUGCCACUCACAAAGAAAACUCUUUUAUUGAAUGCAAACAAAUAAUUUCUGCAUCCAUGUUUGUUUGAAUCACAAUUGCGACAUUUCCUACACCACCAUGUGCAGGAUUUCAGGUCUUUUUUUGCUUUUAGUUUGGUGGACGUAUCACCUGGUGAACGGCAAACAAAGUCAACAGGAGAGAAGAAUGUACAUAACGAUAUGAACUUGAACCAAUGAAUUCAAUAACAUUUUUAAGCGAAUUUAAGGAACAAAACAAGUGUAUUUAAUGCAAAGAUAAUCAUUUAAAUGUCCCGACUCCAUGCCUCUGCGUCACAUGACCUUGGAUACUUUUCAUUUUUAAAGCGGUGUAUCCUGUUUUGAUGAAAUUAGCUCACACCCUGGUUGUUUCAAAUCCUGUUUACCACCAUUUAUAUUAGCUUUUUUCAUACAGCGUUGUAAUCCAGCUUCAUAUAAAUAAGACUAUAAAGCGUGUGAACCUGCAUGUAAACGCACUACCUCCUACAUCCUCCUCCAAAAACAGACUCCUUCUCAUCCAGUUGAUUUUAUAUCUCCAUCUUAUUAUUCAUUUUUUUCAAAUGUACUGUUUCGACCCCUCCCUCCCUCCUUAUAUCCCUGGUAUCAGUCUGGCACUGGUACCCUGCGGCCAUAACGGGGACUAAUACAAAAACAAAAUAAGUCUUCAGAGGAGCGCCAAAAAUCUUGCUCCUGUUGUGAAAAGCAGAGCGCCCCUGCCUCCCCUCACUACCCCCCCCCCCCCCCCCCCCCCCCCCCCCCCCAAAUCUUCUGCCCACCUGGGGGGCACUGCGUUGACUUCACAGUAUUACAACAACAACAAAAGACGACCUUGUACAUUGUUAUUGAAUGCAGUACACUGAUAAUCUUGUAUCUUGUAGUAAUUUAGGGAGUAUCCAGUAUAUAAAGAGGUAUUUAUGAUGGUGUCUCACCCCCCCCCACCCCCUUUUAUUAGUCUGUUUUUAUUUAUGUCUCUCACUCCCCCCUCUUCUCUUGGUUUUUAUCUCAUUUUUUGAUGAAGUUUCUUUUGACAAUUUGGAUUUUAUUUAUUUUUUGUUGGGGUGGGAGGUUGAGGGUGGGCACAGUAGGCAGGGGCUCAGGGGUCCGAGGGGGGAGGUAUGGGGGAGUAGAGAGGGAAGGCACGGAGCAGACUACUUUGUCCUGUUGCAGGGGUCUUAGCUCCUGCCCUCGCAGAAUUAAUGUGUGCUUUAGAACGGCCCGGAAUCUAAAAACUGAAGAAAGAAAAAAAAGAUUAAAAAGGGUUGGAGAAAUACAAAUGUUUAAUUAUUUUAAAAAAUAAAGAGAUAUUAAAUUAAACCUGUUUUGUGAUAAAGCCCA